AAAUAUCCCACCUGCCUUAAAAGAAGCACACACCUUGAUAGAAACACUCAGCAUGUCUUUACAAUACUCUAAAUACAAGCACAGAUUAGUGAACAUGGACUUAAGUUUUCCUGUAGAAGAUGAAUCGCUGUUGCACACUGUGGAUCAUUUCUUCAAUGCAGCACAUUUUUAGGGGACCUCAUGGCAUACAGUUUGCUGCUGAUGGACCUAAAGCAAAAGAGGAAUUCCCAUCAUGGGGGCAGCAAUGAUAAUGUUGACAUCUCAGCAGACUCUGCAACAAAACACUGCUGUGUGGAGCUGGGUCCCAGGACUUACUCGACCUCAGCUAUUCAUCUGCAUACUUCCACCCCCAUCUCCAGGCUCCAGAGCAGACCAAAAGGCUAUAAUUCAGAAGAUAAUCUAUGUGAACAGUCCCCUGAGGUGGAGUUUGCAGGCACCAGACAGCACGUGUCCAGGCCAAACAGUUUAGAGAGCAGUAGAAACGUUUCCAGCAGUAGUUCACCUCUCAGUUUGAAAGGUUCCUUAGAUCAUAUCCAUGGGAGAACUGAGAGCCUCAGCAGUGAAGAUAUGGUGCCAAGCAGAGAGGCACCAGCCUUGCUCCGAGAUACCUAUCCCUUUCACUCUGCUUCUGCCAUCUCAAGCCCCAGCACCAGGCAUGAGUCCGCCUCCAACAGGAGUGGUUUGAUCUCUUAUGAUACACCUCAGAAGAAUGCUCCAUCCCAAUCUUACACAGGCAGGCAACGGUCUGCCUCACCUGGCAGUGAGAUGGUAACUUUGGAAGAGUUCUUGGAAGAGAGCAACAGGCUGUCUCCACCAAGUCGUCGGCGCAGUUUAGAUGAGAGUGAAAUGAUUUCAUUGCACCAAUUUCUGUUAGAAGCUGAUGCACUGUAUCCCUCUUGCUACUCCCUAUGUCCUUCCCUCCGUCAGGAACCUUCGCAGUCACUCGAAUCGGUCCUCAGUCAUUCAUGUCCUGACAGCAUGAGGCACAGAACAGGCAGGGGAAACAGGAGAUCUACUUCACUGUAUAUCCCCAGGGACACCUCCAGUAACAGAGAUUACUUGCUCAGCGAUUAUUUCAGGAAAGCAAAUGAGCCUUCAGCUACUGGGAACCUGCUGGUUCAGCCAUCCAGAAAGGAGGCUGCUAAGAUGCCCACUAGUCUUGUUGCUCCGACUGUAAAGAUGACCAUUGCCAACGAAGAAGGAAGAAUGGCUGAGCCUGGAAAGCCAAACCUCAGACAAGUCGAACCUGAGCCUUGGGCAAACUCCCAGGGGUCCCUUAAGCUUCCUCACACACCACAGCACCAGCCCGGCAGUGAGAUGCGGCAGAUGGCACAGCCUCAGCAGCCUGGAACCACGAGCAGGAGGAGUACGUCACUGAGCAGGGCGUUCAGCUUAGCCUCUGCAGACCUCCUCAGAGCCACCGGCCCGGAGGCAUACAGGCAGGAGAGCCCUCAGAAGUCAGCAGCAGACCUGCGUGGGGGCAGGGACACUGCCAGUCGGACUGCUAGGGCUUCUGCUCCAGCAAGCUCCCAGGUGACCUUAAGAGAGAGACCACAAUCUGCAAAAGUGGCAGGUUCCUUGCAAGGCGUUGAUUGCCGCUGUCGGCAGCUUGACGCGAGGCACCUUUCCCUGGCCCCACCAAAGGAUGAGAGGCCACUCUCCUUCCGUCAGUUCUCUGCCUCGCCCACUGCAUCCACCAGCAAUCUGAAUGUGCAGCAGCAGGAGCGCGUGAACCCUGGGCAACACUACUCACCUGUAUCGCAUGCUCCCUCCAAAGUCAAACCCAAGCCAGCCCCUCGUACCAGCGAGGUGGCCGCAGUGGCCCCUGCCAGAGGUGUUUCCAGCAGCACUGAGGGAAAUACUUCCCUAGGGCAAGGCCAGGGUGAUGCCCUCCUUACCAAGUGCCAGGGUAAGCUGCCAGAAGGCAGCACUGGGGCUACGGAGGAGCCCACAAGAGGAUGCAGCUCCAGCAGCACUCCUGGGUCUGCAGACCCCCAGGGGGAUCAGCAGACAGUUUGGUAUGAGUAUGGGUGUGUGUAA